CAGAAAACCAUCGGCCGCGUGACAGCGAGUCAACGUUCGUCUCAGGGACACUUUUUUUCCCCACUGGGAGCCCUGGCAGCAGCUGGCACGUUCCAGGGGUGCGGGCCAUACUAUUUUGGGCAACCGUGACAGCCGGGGGAGGCGCAAUUUUUUGAUGUCGCAUACGCCGCCCGCCCACCUCCUUCAUCCGCUUACACAGUACCUGGUCUGGGGAGGGGAGCGAGCCGCAUGCGUAGGGCUGGGGGGUCUGGCCCCGAUCUGUUGCCUCGCCAUGUGUCGGCUGGGGCAUUUUUGGAUAACAUGGAUCGGCCGCGCCCGUCAGAGCCCGCUCGUUCGACUAGGCGAGAUGGGCUGGGCUGCUGUGCUGAUCUCUCCCUUAUAGCGACGCGUCCGUGUACUCUGUUGAUUUCUUUUACUUCUUUACACCGUCUAUCUGACGACUUUCUUUCGUAUUUUCUCCCUUUCUUUGCUUCCACUCUUUAACCCGAUAAUGCUUGUUGGCGGUGUUUUUAGCAGCAACAGGUAACCCGAGCCGGGAGCGAGCCUCUUGCAAGGCGCAACGCUAGGCUCGCUCACCACCCCCCUUUUUGGCCAUUGCCGUCAUAGGCAUUCGCGCCUUCGACUAGAAGCGGACGAAAUUGGAGACGGAAAGAAAAAGAAAAGCACAAAAAAUGGCGGGGCAGGAUUGGAACGCAAACGCAAACGUAGACGGCGGCCGACUAGUGCAGGUGGGCGCCCGCGGCGGCAGCUUCAAAGAAAUAAACGUGGAUACCGCCGCUAAGCAAACGGAGCUGGCGCCAGCACCGCCCAUUGUCGCUGGCCUUGGAGUUGGUGUGCGCGGCAUCAGCGACGCCGUCUCGCGAAACACCUCGCGCACCUUUGGGACAUCGCGCGCUCCAAACAGCGUCAGCACCGCCUCGUCGCCGCCGCCAGUGGAUAUCGCCCUCCCUGACAGGGCUCACGGUCACGGCUGGAAAGAGGAGGAGGCCCUGGGCAGCAGCGGCCACGCCAGGAUGGCGUCCAGAUCCUCGCCACCCUCGCACACCUUUGCCGUCGACAACGACGGCCGCUCGUGGUACGCCGGCGUCGACGGCGCUCCCUAUCCCGACACGCCCAAGGCGUACGACUCCCGUUCGGCCCUGCUCUACAGCGGCCGACCCUUCGGCACGCCUCCCGAUCUCUCGUCCAAAGGGGCCCAGAUGCCGCCACGGCCUCCCCCUCCCCCGGGCCGGGACGGCGGCAGGGGCAGGCUGGGCGGACUGCGGUGGCACUCGUGGUGGAACAUGUUUGCGUUCGGCGUCUUCGGGCUCGCGUGCGCCGUCGGGCACCACGCCUUCUACCAACACCUGGACGGGCGCGCGGCCACGGAGCAGAUCGAGAUGCUGCGGUACGGCACGGUGCUGGCGUUUGGCGCAAAGGCCGGCUUCAGCGCCUCCAUCGUCGUGGCCUACCGGCUCAAGCUGUGGGCGGUCCUGCGCACGCGCCUGAUGACGGUGGCGGCCGUCGACUCCAUGUUCGCCGCCACCGACGACCUGCUCGCCCUGUUCCACUGGGACUUUAUAAGGCACGCCAAGACGGUGGCGGCCCUGGCCCUCUUCGUCUGGGCCGCGCCGCUGGUGGUCAUACUGACGGGCAACACGCUGCUCGUCGAGCUGCGCACCGUCGUCGACGCGUCCACCUGCAACGACGUGCGCACGCUCAACUUCAGCUUCGAGGACGUCAUGGACUGGCGCAAGCCCGUGGUCAUCGACUCGCUCUACGAGACGCCGCUCUCGCUCUGGAACACGACGCGGCCGGCCGGCGCCAACCCGCCGCCCGACGGCUGGUUCGACUACUACACGGGGCCGAACCCAAAGUUUGUGCAGACGGCGACGCUGGGCGCCUUCUUCGAGGCGCCCAUCGAGCGCAAGAACUCGUCGGUCGAGAUCUGCCAGUCGGGCUGGAACUGCACCUACGACGUGGCCUUCCAGGCGCCCGGCUACAAGUGCACCGAGCUGGCCAGCGGCGUCGGCUCGGUGCCGCGCCCCCUGCGGCCCGAAUCGGGACUCGAGGCCAGGGCGCCGUUCGGGACCGACAUGCUGCUGCCGCGCGGCCGCUUCGCCUACUACGCCUUCAACACGGGCGGCGAGUACUCGUCGACGCAGAUGCGGGACGUCGGCAUCGGCGGCAUCCCCAACAGCAAGCCCCCCUACCCGCGCAACAUGGGCGCCUUCCGCACCGAGCCGCUCAUCUGGAUCGGGCACGUGGUGCGCGCCAACCCGGACCGGCCGGACCCCAAGUCGCGCAGCGACCCGGCGUGGAACUCGUCCUUUGUGCCCAAGAUUUUUGCGUGCGAGCACUACCUGGCCGACUACAAGGUGCACUUCAACCACAGCGACGGCGCGCAGUGGGCGACGGUGGCGUCGCGGCGGUGGCUGCGGCCGCUGGUCAACACCACCUUCAUCCCCGACGUGCAGGCCAACGACGGCACGGCCGACAACACGACGGCGCGCCCGUCGUCAAACUACGUGCUCCCCACGGGCGACGUGGGCGCCUACCGCCGCGCGGCCGCGCACUACAGCAUGGGCUUCAUGGUGCGCAAGCUCCUCAACGGCACCGUCGAGAUGGGCGGGCCCGAGGACGCGCCCCUCGUCAACCCCAUCGCCAACACGGACGCGCUCCAGACCAAGCUCCUGGACCGCCGCGCAAACUACUUCCCCUUCCCCAACCUCCAGGACCUCGUCCAGGGCUUCUACGAGGACGCGAUCCUCUCCAUGUUUUCCUACCCGCAGUUCGCCCCCGUCGUCUGGGCCGCCCGGCCCGCGGAGCAGACGGGCGACCGGCGCGCCUCGGCCGCCGCGUCGGCCGCGGGGGUCCCGGCCUCGGCCUACGGCCACCCCUGCGUGCGCAGCCGCACCGCAAACGUCUACGUCUACCACGCGCGCGACCUGUGGAUCGUCUACGGCGUCGCCAUCCUUCUAGUCCUGCUCGGCGUCGCCGCCGGCCUGUGGGCGCUGCUGUGGGAGCAAGGGCAGGGCGGGAGGGUGGCGAGGAACACGCGCUUCUCGAGCAUCGUCGCCUCCACCCGCGGUCCCGCCCUCGACGCCGUGCCGUGGGCCGCGGGCAGGGAGGGGCGCUUGCCGCCGAGCGUCUUGGCCGCUCGCAUCGGGUACGGGCUGCUGCCGCCGUCGCAGCGGGCUGGGAGGGGUUUCGUUAGCGGUCGGCACGGUGGCGGUGGCGGCGGGGACGGGGAUGGGGCGGGGGCGGCGGUGCCGCUGAGGCAGGCGAGCAGCGCCAGUGCGGGUAGUAUUGGUAGUAGCUUGGACCCGUCUGCGUAUGGGUUUGGGCUGGAGGGCGAGGUGAGGCAGCCGGUUAGGCAGAGAAGCGUGUUUAAACUCUAGCGUCAUUUUCUUCCUCUUGUGUCUAGCGACUUUUUGGAAAAUUUCACUUCACUUUUGGUAUAUUGGACUUAAGAAAACUGAUGGACUGCGUUUGCAUAUCCCAGUUUCAUUACUAGCCUAAACCGUUGGGGGAAUCUCAAAAACAAAACACCACGUCCUAUCCCAUUACAGUCAUCACCGAAAAAAAAAACAUCCCCUGUGUCCAUCUUCUCUUUUGCAAAAAGAGAAGGGCCUCGUUACAACAAAAGGCAAACACGGGCACACCUCCCUUAGACCUUCUCCUCAACGGGGGGCUGCGACUUUUGCUGGUCGGCAGCGGUGGGCUGGUUGGAGCCCACGAACUUUGUCUUCUUGAGGUUGUUGAGGUCGUCCUCGAUGGCGUCGUAGUGCUUGAAGAAGAACCAGAAGGCAACACCGGCGACUCCGGCAAUGAUGGCGACCGAGGCGUAGUUCCAGACCAGGAAGGGGUCCUGGGACAGCGGGGUCCAGGCCUGGCCGACGGCGGCCGAGAAGGCCGACAUGAAGAGGUUGAUGCUCAUGACGAGCGACUUCAUGUUCUCGGGCGCCUUGGAGAAGGCGUACUCGUACGAGGUGACGUUUGUGAAGAUCUCGGAGAUACCGAUGAAGACGUAGGGCAGGGACUGGGCCCACACGUUGAUGGGGGCGGGCUCCUUGCACUCGGAGGCGCCGUAGCCGCAGGGCGACAUCUGGUAGAUGUACC